AUGGAGCGGCCCCGGUACCGGGAGGCGGCGCCCGGGGGCAGCGGGCCCGGCGGGGGCUCCAGCGCCGCCUGGAACGGGAGCUGCGGCCGCGCCCCCGGUGCCGCCACCGGCAGCGGUACCGGCACGGCGGGGGGCGAGGACGACGAGAGCGGCGAGCGCGACAUUGCUGUCCCCGGGCCCGGGAGUGUCCCCGUUUCCAGGACUGUCCCCAAAUCCGGCAGUGUCCCCAACCCCAGGACUGUCCCCAAGCCCGGAGGUGUCCCCGAGGGUGUCCCCAACGCUGAGAGUGUCCCCAAAUCCGGCAGUGUCCCCAACCCCGGGGGUGUCCCCAGUACAGGGAGUGUCCUCCCCAGCCCUGAGGGUGUCCCCAAACCCAGGAGGGUCCCCAACCCUGAGGGUGUCCCCAAUACGGGGAGUGUCCUCCCCAGCCCUGAGGGUGUCCCCAAACCCAGGAGUGUCCCCAACCCUGAGGGUGUCGCCAGCCCUGGCGGUGUCACCGGUGCCGGGAUUGUCCCCAGCACUGGGAGUGUCCCCAACCUUGAAGGUGUCACCAGCCCUGGUGGCGCCCCUGGGACUGUCCCCACUCCUGGCAGUGUCCCCAGCCCCAGCAGUGUCCCCAACUCUGGGAGUGUCCCCAGCCCUGAGGGUGUCCCCAACUCUGGGAGUGUCCCUGGUCCUGGGAGUGCCCCCAUUGCUGCGGGUGUCCCCAACUCUGGGAGUGUCCCCAGCCCCAGCAGUGUCCCCAACACCGGGACUGUCCUUGGUCCUGGGAGUGUCCCCAACACCAGGAGUGUCCUCAACCCUGAGGACAUCCCUAAAAGUGUCCCCAUUGCUGCGGGUGUCCCCAACUCUGGGAGUAUCCCCAGCCCCAGCAGUGUCCCCAACACCGGGACUGUCCUUGGUCCUGAGGGUGUCCCCAACCCCACGAAUGUCCCCAGCCCUGGGAGUGUCCCCAACACCGGGACUGUUCCUGGUCCUGGGAAUGUCCCCAGCCCCGGCAGUGUCCCCAGCCCCGGGGGUCGCUGCAGCUGCCGGUGCCCCCCGGCCUCUCCCCCGAGCCCCUCCCGGGACCUCCCGUGCGGCCUCGGCUGCCGCCACCGCCGACCCCCGGAGCGCCCCGGCGACCCCCGGCCACAGCGCCACCAGCACGGGGAGCCCGGUGCCACCACCGCCAGGGGACAGCGCCACCAGCACGAGGAGCCCGGUGCCACCACCGCCAGGGGACACGGCCACCAGCACGAGGAGCCCGGUGCCACCACGGCCGGGGGACACGGCCACCAGCACGAGGAGCCCGGUGCCACCACCGCCAGGGGACAGCGCGGGUCCCUGCGGGCGGCCCGGGCGGGGGUCGCGCUCUGCCUGCGCCUCCUCGGCGCCCUCCUCGCGCUGCUCUUCCUCCUCCUCCUCCUCCUCCGCUCCUUCCUCCGCGCCGCCUCCGCGGGGCUCCGCCGCUCCCGGGAGCUGCUGGCCGAGCGGUUCCGGCCCCGGGCCGGCCACCACCGGGGUGGUGACAGCGACGAGGAGGUGACGCGUUUGGUGGCAAUGGCCGAGGUGGCCGAGGAGGAGCUGGAUCCGUUCCGGGUGCUCGGCGUGGAGCCCACGGCCACGGACGCGGAGCUGCGCAGGGCGUACCGGAGGCUGGCCGUGCUGGUGCACCCCGAUAAAAGCCGUGACCCCCGGGCGGAGGCGGCGUUCAAGGUGCUGCGGGCGGGCUGGGAGAGGGUGAGCAGCCCCGAGAGGCGGCGCGAGUACCAGGCGAAGCAGCUGGCACAGGGGGAGCUGGCGCGGGCGCUGGGCGCGUUCCUGGGCCGGCUGCAGGAGGAGCUCAGGGACGCCAGGGACGCCAUGGGCUGCACCCGCUGCGGGGGGCGCCACAGGCGGUUCCAGCUGGACAGGGACCCGCGCGGUGGCCGCUGGUGUGGCCCGUGCGGGGGGUGGCACGCGGCCGACGAGGGUGACCUGUGGGCAGAGUCCAGCCUGAUGGGCCUCAAGGUCACCUACCUGGCCCGCAUGGACGGCCACAUCUACGACGUCACCGAGUGGGCGGGCUGCCAGCGCGUGGCCAUCUCCCCGGACAGCCACCGUGUCCCCUACCACCUGUCCUUCGGCGCCAGGACAGCCACGCCCGCCGGACGCCAGCGGGGCCCCCCCAAGGGCAGCCCCCCGACCCCCGCUGACCUGGAGGAUUUCCUGGCCCGCGUUUUCCAGGGAAAUCCGGGCCCGGAGCCCGGGGGGCUUUCCCCGCCCCCCCCGGGGCUGCAGGACCCCCCCAGGGACACCCCCAGCCCCAAGGGGGCCCCCCCAGGGGGGACACGAAGCACAAGAGGAGGAAGAAGGGGCGGCGGCCGCUGCCGCGAUGAGGAGACCCCCACCCCAAAACAAAAGAAAAAGGGCUUGGAAUAAAAAAAAUCUAUUUUUUUUCUUUUUU